AUGGUCGGCGCCCGGUCGACGCCGCGCAGCCUGGCGCCGCAGGGCGGCGGCUAUGCACGCGCGGCCCGGCCGCGGCCGCGCCUGCCGCUGCGCCUGCCGCUCCUCACCCUCCUCGUCCUCGUCCUCGUCGCGCUCGUGCUGGGCCAGCACAACACGCACGCCCGCCGCGCGCUCGGCGCCGUCGAGGCUGCCGCUGCCGAGGCUGCUGCUCCGCUCGACGAUGAUCCUGCUGCCGCCGAGCUGCUGGGCCCGCUGCACGAGCUGGCGCCGCGCGAGGCCACGCGGCGCGCCCUGGCGCUGCUCGACGGCCUCUACGUGCCGCCGCCGCCGCCGCGCGGACGCAGCGACGCACGCUCCAAGCUGCCGCGCAUCCACCCGGCAUUUGAGCUGCUCGAGAGCUACGUUCGCGGCUUCCUCAGCUGGGGCCCGCUUGGCGCGCUCUCGCGCCUGGCGGUGCGCCUGCGCCUCGUCAGCUCGCGCCCGCCGACGUGGGAGAGCGUGGCGGCGUCGCAGCUGAGCGGCAACCUGCUCAGCAUCGAGUCCGAGGCGUACGCCAAUAUUGCGCUGUGGCCUGCGUGGGCCGGCGGCUGGGCGCGUGCCACGAGCGGGCCCUUCCUCUGUUCAUCGGCCGAGGAGAAGGCGCCCGAGCCCAAGUCGUACUCGGACCGCAUCAUCGCGUGGGCUACGCGGCCGCUCACCUCCCGCCUGGCAUCGAAGCCUCGCACAUCAGUCGCGCUGUCAGAAGCCGAGCAGGCAGCCAAUGGCCGUCGCGCCGAGGCCCUGGCGCUGCUGCACCACGCCGGCGGCCUGUCACACGCGGCGCUCGCAAGCCCGCACGCAGCGCUGCGCAACCUCACUUUCGAGGCGCGUGACCCCGAUGCCCUGCUGGUGCUGGCAACGCUGAGCCAGCACGGUCUUCUCGGCCUGCCGGUCAACAUUGAGCGAGCAAAGCUCGCGUGGGAGGCACUGGCAGUUGACGGCAACACGACAGCGCACACGCAGCUCGGCUGGCUGCACGGCGGCGCAUGGGAGGGCGGACAGGUCGGCCAAGCAAAGGCCCUCGUGCACUACCACAUCGCUGCCGCUGCUGGAGACGCCGCUGCGCAGAUGUCGCUUGGGUACCGCUACCACGCCGGCAUCGGCGUGAGCCAGAACUGCGAGGCGGCGCUGAACUGGUACGAGAAGGCGGCGGAACAAGCGUUCGCCAAGUUCAACAGCGGUCCGCCGGGCGGCCUCACGCUGCCGUACACUAAGCUGCGGAUAUCUGACUCUGCGGGCGGGGCAUACGGGCCCGGCGCCUCCGUCGCGUCGACCGGCCUUGCAGCACGGCGGCCGGCCAUGCAGGCUGUGCUGCAUGCGCUGCCCGCCACAGAUCCCAAUCGUCUCGAGGACCUUCUCGAGUUCUACACUCACCAUGCAACGCGCGGCCACGCUGGCUUCGCCCUGCGCCUUGCCAGCAUCUGGUACGGCGGCAAUGUGUGGGCGGCCGGCGAGGGCGCGGGGCGCGUCGGCCGCGACUACGGCGAGGCGCGCAAGUGGUGCCUCAAGGUGACGGAGACGGUGUGGCCCGUCGACUCGAAGCAGGUCAAGCGUGGCGGGCCGGCCGGCUACGAGGCAGGCAAGGGCCAGCCUGGAGAGGACAUCACGCUCAAGGUCGAUGAAGUGCGGCAGCAGUAUGCGGCCGUUGCUGCAUCGAUGAUGGGCCGCAUGUUCCUGCGUGGCGAGGGCGUCGAGCAGGACUUCAGCCGCGCAUGGGUCUGGUUCCGUCGUGCGGCCGACUUUGGCAACACGGAGGCCUACAACGGCAUCGGUCUGAUGCUGCGCGACGGCCUGGGCGUGCCACAGGACGUGCGCAAGGCAGUCGGCUACUUCGAGGGCGCCUCGAACCACGGCGUGGGCAGCAGUGCUGAGGGCUGCGUCAACCUCGGCAAGAUUCAUCUCGAAAUGGGCGACAUCAAUGCCGCGGCCAAGUACCUCGAGAUGGCGAUGCGUCUGGGCAAUAGCUUCGAGGCGCCUUACCAUCUCGCGACUAUCAACGCGCGGCUCGCACGCUCACUGCUGGGCAUGUACGGCGGUGCCGAGACGACAGCACGACCAGUCGGCCCUGCCGGAAGCCCCUCGCACGAGCGUUGCCGUCUCGCGGUUGCGGGCUACAAGCACGCAGUAGAGCGCGGCGACUGGGCCGACCCGCUCUUUGCGCGUGCGGAGCGGGCAUGGGACAAGGGCGAGCGCGAGCGCGCGCUGAGCUUGUGGGCCAUGGCGGGCGAACGCGGCUACGAAGCGGCGCAGAACAACGUCGCCUGGCUGCUCGACCGCGACAAGCGCAGCCUGCACCUCGGCGCCCUGGAGGAGCAGCCCGAAGCUGAUGAGGCGCGCGAGGCCGCCCGCGACCGCCUCGCGCUCAUCCACUGGACGCGCAGUGCGGCUCAGGACAAUGUCGAUGCGCUCGUCAAAGUGGGCGACUACUACUUCAAGGGCAUCGGCAUCACGCACGGGGCGCUCGACGUUGAGCAGGCCGGCGGCGCCAGCGUCACGCGGGCAGAUGGCGCUGCCGCGCCCUCAGCAUCGGGCUCCGCUGGAGCCGCGACGCCGCAGCGCAGCAGCCGCAGCGAGCCGGCGUACGACAAGGCCGCCGCAUGCUACGCUGCCGCAGCGGACCGGCAAGUUUCGGCGCUCGCAUACUGGAACAUGGGCUUCCUGUACGAGUCGGGCCUCGGCGUGCCGCAGCACGACUACGCGCUGGCGAAGCGCUACUACGACAUGGCGGUGGAGAUCAACCACGAGGCGUACCUGCCCGUGCUGCUCUCGCUCGCCAAGCUGCACCUGCGCGCCAUCUGGGCCACGCUGCGGCACGGCGACGCCUCAGCGAUUGCACUGCUCAAGAGCUACGCCUUGACAGCCGGAGGCGCUGCGCCCGACGGAGCGGCGCCGGCGUACACGGAGGCGGAGGAGCAGGCGGCGCUCGCAGCGCUUGAGCGUCUCGGAGACGGCCGCGCUGGGCGCGCGGCGCCGGCAGGCGACAGCGCCCGUGGAGGCCUGUUGCGGCCGGACACCAACGCCAUGGGCGAGGGCGGCGAUCCGAACCUGCCAGAGACAUACGACGUGCGGCGGCGCACCUCGAACGCCAGCGCCGCCGAGGAGGAGAGCGACGAGGAGCUGGACGACAUCAUCGAGGGCGCGUUCAUCGUCAUCGGCCUCGCCGCGCUGGCGUUCCUCGUGUACGCGCGCCAGGGUGCAGCGCUGCGUGCGGAGCGCGAGCGGCGCGACCUGGCGCAGGCACAGGGAGGGGCCGCGGGGCCGCCAGCAGCGCAGGAGACGGGCGGGCCACGGCCACGGGUCAACGAGCGGCCCGAGCCGCCGUUCCCAUGGCCGCCUGAGGGCGCCAAUGUGUAUGCGGGCCUGUGAGCGAUAAUCAGAGACUGCUUUAAUCUUUCUCGGCGCUACGUCGCGUGUGAAGAGCCUGAGCAUGCGUCAGCGUCUCAGGCUGGUGCUCAUCCACGGGACGAGGCAUGAGACGUCAGCUCACGCAGCGGCGACUGCGUGCUCAGCAUC